GCAUAGCAUCUCCGUCAAGAGGUGGAGUUUAUUUUUCCUGCCCUCAAACCCAGCUGGCCUUCUGUCGGAAUGCAGUGGGGACUACCAUUUCUGAGCCUGGUCCUCAAGAAGCUUCGUGGGCACCUGCGCCUGGGAGCUCUGACCGUCCUCUGUGUGAGCGAGCCCGACACAGCCUGCCAGGGGAUAAGAGGCCCCAGUGGAAUGCGGGAGAGCGACCCCAGCUGAGGCCACUCACGCCGGCCGGCCCCCAGCCAGCCCAGUAACGGGCCACAGCUGUAUGAAUGAGCUCAGCCAAGUCCAGAAGGAUUGCCCAGCCCAGCCCAGCCCAGCCUGGUUCAACUGCUGAUCCUUGGCAUUGUCGGCCAAGUUGGCGGGUCCUCCCUGAUUCAGAGAGUGUCCAGUGGUGCAGGCUCACCGUGCUGGGUCCCUCCUGGGCGUGAACCAGUCGUAACACCUCUCCCCUUCCCCAGGAAGAAGCUCUGGAAAGCCAACCUUAUCUUCAGACACUGCCAAGGGAGUGACCCUCUGCUACCAGUUGCCCCAGUGCUUCCUGCGAAACUAUGCCUGGUGUGGCCCUCGUGGCCUGUCUCCGCUGGACCCCGCCACACGGCUGAGUUCAGCCUCCAUCAUCACACGAGCCAGCAAGCAGUCUCACGCUCUGCUGACUGCAGGCGAGAGAACCAAGAAAGCCAGUUGUGUUCAUUCGACCUGACUCCAAAGUCCUGAGGUCCAGGAGCAUCGAUGUCUGAGGGCAGAAGAAGAUGAUGUCCCAGCUCAGCAGAACGCACAUUCGCGGUUCCUCUGCCUUUCGGUUUGAUGCAGGCUCUCCAUAUAUUGGAUGAUGCCCACCUACCUUGGAGAGGGCCAUCUUCUUUACUUCGUUUACCUAUUCGAACGCUAAUCUCUGCCCAGAAACGUCGCCAGACUCCUCCGGAAAUGAUGUUGUUAUCGGCUAUCUGGACAUCCCUUCGCCCAGUCAGGUUGACACAAAAUUAAACCAUCACAACUGUCUACAGGAGAAAGUCUAAUCAUGCCUCUCUCCACAAAGCAAAAUAUGAAUCAGUUCUCUUCUUGUGUAAGGUUGUCAUCACUGCAAAUAAGUAUUUCCACGGGAAAUAAAAAACAGUGGCAAAGUUGCAUGAAUUUGGGAGCAGAAAAAUAUUGCAAAUUCCAAAGAAAACAGUAGUUGGCCAAUUUAUGCUGUGAGAAGUUUGCUGGAAAAUUCCUCAGGGUCUCUCACUGGACGUGUUACUGACUAGGUCACACCGAGACAUAACAUGGUGCAGUUAUUAUCAUCAGCAUCUAGAAAGCAUCAUUCAGGGCAUUGACAUCCAUACUGCAUUGUUCUUACUGGAUCUUUCUGUCAGUGAACAUUAUGGAAGUACCAAUACAGCAUCAAGUUAUUCCUGGAUGGAAAGUUUUCAAACUUCUUCAUUUGGAGUUACUUGAACUUUAGGAUGAUAGGCUUUUUGACGAUGCCUUCCCUAUGUGGAUUACUACAAUUUGAUCACUGGGAAUUCUCUGCCUCCAAGCAGCACUCUCAGGUGACUACAGAAGCGUUGGCACCCAGCAUGCUCAGAUAGCUGUUGAGCAGAGGAUGUCCAGGACUGUUGGUUGAUGGAUUCAGCCAUAUAUGUGUACCCGGCAUCAGACAAGGCUCUGUCAUAGUGCUGUGUGCUUCCCGCAUGGCAAGUGGCUGAAUCAGUUCUUCAUACACCGAUCCAUGUGGCUUCACCACCAGAGUCAGAUUGCUCAAUCUGAAAACAAAGAGCUCUUUGAUAAUGCACUAGAAAAAAGGGUUAAAGGAUGGUUUCGAACAAAUUCAAGAAAGAAUGAUCCAGUUCCCGCUUGGAGAAGGACACACGAGCUGAAUCCAGUGGGGCUGUGGGACCUGGGGAGGAAAUUUUUCAAUUACUGGUGGUCAACCAAGACCCGGAAACAGAUGAUCCUCCUGGCAAACCGUCGGAAGAUCAGUAGCAGCCUGACGCUGUGUCACAAUGCCUACGUCAUUCACCUCAUUUCAUCGCGUCAUGUAAACAUCUUAUCUCCCAUCAUCACAAGAAGGGGAGAUGAGUUGUUCACGGCACUGAGACCAGGAAGGAAGAAAUCUGGAAGGAGGACGAAGGAACGCUUGCAUGAAAUGAAGGCUCAGGCAGACUGGAGAUGUCACCUCCUCGAGGACAACUCGAUCCUUUUCAUCACGACUAGCCUCUUCAUGUUUGUUGGGACGUCCAAGCCAGCGUGGAAGAAUGAAGGACCGCACCACCAGGCAGAAACUAAAAGGAGCAACCAGGAGAAAUGUGUCUUGUGUUGGAAGCUACGCAAAACACCAGGAAGGUGUGUACUUCUUUGGGGAGCCCCGAGUGGAUGCUUUCGAGGCCUGAUGUUUUCGUGGCUUGCUUUGAGACACCAUCGCAAAUGACCUUGUUCUCUUCGUUCAGACAUGUCUGCUUUUCUCAUCUAUCAGAAUGUCCUCUUUCAGAGGGCUGGGACUGUCCCUGGAUUUCUUCAGCCUUGCCGUAGAACCUUGUUGAAUGAUAUGAAAAAGGAGAUAGUCGAUAGCAUUUGGGAAAUUGGGUUGUACGGUAAAUGACUUAAAAGAUGCAUAAAGUCUUGCUCUAGAGCAAAACAGUCCUAAACCCUUCUUUCAC